UUUCGUAGUUUUUACAUGAGUUAUAAUCUGACAAUACAUUAAAAAGACGUGUGACACAACACAGUUGCAACCGGAUGCUGGGUAUCCAUGGGUGAUGUACGCAUAGUAGAUUAGGUUAACUAGUUUCAGCUGUUACACCCCACGUUCCCGUAGACCAAGAUGCCGGGUAUAGAGAAAUUACUUAUGGGAAUAUUACGGUACAGAGUCAAUACAAGAUGGAAGCUUCUAGAACAAUUUCAGCGCGUGAAGAACAAUCCAGAGCCAACAUCAGUCUUUUUCACCUGCAUAGACAGUCGAGUGCUGGCUACAAAGUUUAUGGACAGUCAAGUUGGUGAUAACUUUGUGGUGCGUAGUGCAGGUAACCUGAUUCCUCAUGCUUGUAACUUCAGCUAUGAGACUGCAACAACAGAAGCUGGAGCUUUAGAGCUGGGAUGUAUCGUGAAUGGUGUUAAACAUGUAGUUGUUUGUGGACACUCAGAUUGUAAGGCCAUGAAUCUACUGUAUUCAAUGCGUAAUGAAGUCCACAUCAAAGAAGGAGGGCCAUUACAACUGUGGAUGAAACGACAUGGCACAGCGAGUCUUGAGAAAUUUAAACUGCUUACACCAGAAAAUGAGUACAAAGGACCAGUACCAUACCAGACAGCUCGCAAGUUUGAAGCUUACAUUGAUCCUGAAAACCGCUUUAAUUUAGAGGAUAAGUUAUCACAGGUAAACUGUCUGCAACAGCUACAGAACAUUGCCAGUUACCCGUUCCUGAAGGACUUGAUCACGCGUCAAGAGGUGAAGCUACAUGCCAUGUGGUUUGACAUUUAUACUGGUGAAGUUUUCAUGUUCAGUCGUACACAGCAGAAGUUCAUAGAGAUUAAUGACCAAAACAUUAACCACCUUCUUCAUGAUGCCUACCGUAAAGUUGAAACCAUUCCAUUAGCUGAACAGAGACGAAAGUAAUAACCAGCACUGCUGCUUGUUUCAGGAUCAAGCUGUCAUCUUAACUUGUAUGUAUAUGACAAGCACUGAUGUUUCCUGUUUAUGUGAAAUAAGCAAAUAGAUGACAUACAUUUGAUAAUGUAGAUAUUUAUGAUAAUUUCUUUAAUGUGUUUCUCUGAAUAUUAUUUAUUUGUUUUAAAUACAAUCUUGUAUCAUAGACUUUGAAAAGAGCUAUCCAUACUACUGUUACCCAAUGCUAUCUGGAGACAGACUAAUAUUCUUUCAAUAUCAGAUUAAUAUUUUAUAUUCAGAUUGGUGAGAUUUGAACCCAGCACACCAGAGUCCAAACACUGUUUGAAAUUAAUUUCAGAUAUAAGGAAAAAAUCUGGAUCUUCGAUACUUCAACAUUGUAUGUUACAGUAGUAUUUAAUAUGAUAAUGAGAGUCUCAGUUUAAGAGUAACUUCACUUAUUUUACUGGAACAGUAUCCCACAGACUGAUCUCUUGGUCUUAGAUUAGUGUUACAUCUCAUUGUAUCACUCAAUUUUCCAAGACUUAAUUUGCUAGCCUGACAUAUUGAAUGCCAACCCUAACUAACUCAAUUUCUCUAUGACCUAAUCAGUUGCUCCAAGAGUAAGAUUUCAAACCUUAAACUUCACUUGAACAAUUUUCACAGACCUACCGGUUAUCCCCAGAUUUAGAGCUCCCCCUUUACUUAGAUGACAUCCCUUAUUACUAUACUGGAACAAUUAUCCACAGAACAAUUAAACUAAGCUCAGAUUUAGACAUCACAUAAUUUCACAAAGGUUUCCCCACAACAAGAAAUCUCAUGACUUGAGAUUUGGAUUAUCUCCCCUUAUUUCAAUUAAAGAAUUUCACACCGAAGAAAUUUCCUUGCCUCAGAUUUAGACAAUCUAUGGGACUUUGAAUUGUUUCGGGAUGAUUAAACGCACCACAACAGGUCUUAGAAACAUAAAAGGGAAAGCCAAAGAGCUUACAGUAUCUGUUAAAUAAUAAUAUAGAACAUUCUGUAUUGGUAAAACGGUGUUUUAAAAUGUUGUAAAGAUGUCCUGGAAAAUUAAAGUUCACUUACCAUGUGUCAUGUAGAGUAGUAUUUAUUGUAGGAUUUUUUUUCUUGUGAGUCUAGAACACUUAUUCCAAAAUUUUAAUGAGACCAGUUACAAAAACAUAUAGUGAGUUUUGAAUAUUUGAGUAAGUCCCAAAGGAAAAGCAGAAUCCAGGACUAACAGAUAUUUCAGUCCCAAAAAUCUCUUCAGAGUUUCUAAAAACUAGGAAGAGUCAGUCAGCUUCCUACAGACACAAGCACAGCUGACCCUUCAAACUACAUCUAGCAUUAUCUCCAACGUCAGCCUAGGUUCCAGUCUGUGUCCACUUUAAUAUUCAAUCUCCAAAUACUUCCAACGGUUUAAGGGAAAUUGGCCAGUACCUUGUUGUCUCAGUUUUAGAUAACAUAUGUACCUCCCACAACUUCACUUGAAUGAUUUCUUGCAAACCUGUUGAUGUGUUUUGCCUUGGAUCCUAUCUGACAUGAUUCAGAUGAAUUAUAGACAAUCUUCACUGAUACCAAAGUGGCAUAUAGUUCAGAUGGAUAUCUUCCUGGUAUCAAUAACAUGUUUGAUAAGUCUACCUCAAGUCUUAGAAUCAUUUAUACAUAAAAGCAAUGAACAACCGACACAUACAAAGUUUACUGGUAAUGUGUCCAAAAUCUGUGUUUUAUUUUCUAAAAUACUCUUGUGUUCAUAGUCACACAUGUAUUGAUAACAGUGAUGCCAAUCCAUACUGUAUUAUCUGAGGUAUAUUAUGUGGUACUGUAUUAGACCCAUUAAGCACCCAGGGUGUUAAAAUCUACAAUUGGAGGGGGACUUAAUAUACGAAGCACUCUUAUUUGACAAAAUCAGAUUCAUUCAUAUGGUGCAUUUUUUCAUUAAGAAUGGCGGUAAAAUCAUUCUUGUAAUGAUUUGAUAGCCAGUGAUGUGAUAGUGAGUAUUCUUCUAUUGUUGGGAGACUAGAUUCACUUAAAACAGGUUGAAAACUUUCUCAGUUACACAUGAUAGUGAGUACCAAAACGGACCAGAAUGUUGUGUUUACAUUAUGUGAUGGUUUUAGAGUGUUACAAUGUUAAACAAUCCUAACUUAUCUGCUAAAUCUGACCAUAAUUAUGAUUGAUAUAUUAUCACAUAUACACUAACAGAUAGCUGACCAAAUUUUUAACCUGCAAUUAAGUUUAGUUUUAGCAGAUUAAAUCCUUCCCACAUGUUACAAUGUACAACUGUUUAACAGUGGCCAUUUGUAAUGUACUGCCACGCUAUAAAGUAUUUGUACAAUAACAACAGCAGCAUUACAAUUGUGAGGUGAAUUACUGUCUUGGUCCAUUGAAUCUAUCAUGUGUUCCUUUCAAAUGAUUUAAGUUUUGAUAAAGUAUGAUAGUUGGUGUUUGGUUCUCUAUAAAACUGAAUUAUAUAUCCCUUUUAUUAUGAAGCACUAUUAGUAGCUAAUUUGAAUAAAAAGAUGAUACUGGGUGUAGGAUUUCAAAGUUCUGAUAAUUUUGCACGAGUUGAAUUUGCAUACACAAAAAUAUAACUUGGUACACAUGAAAAUUGCAUAAUGAUUUGUUUAUUAGUAUCAAAUGAUAUUUACACUGUAGUUGUGACUAUUCCUGCACAUACCUGUUUUGUGCCUGUGUAAAAUGUUCAUCUUUAUAUAAAAAUAGAAACGUCUUGGGUAUUUUUUCAACAUCUUAUCUUAAUACUUUCGUGUAAACCUGAUAAAAUAAGCCUCUAGUUUUGAAAUGUACCUGCUGAUAAAAAGGAAACAUGAUAUAACAUAUGCAUUGUGUUAAUUACAACUUAAUUCUUAAGCCAAGAAAAUUGAUUGCAAUAUGUUACAGGAAUAUACUACUUAGUAAUGUUUGAUCUAGGUAGAGUUCAUGUCUGUAGUUUACAUCUGUAAAGUUUCAAUUCUUUCAAUUUAUUGUUGAUGCAAUAUACUGUAUACCCAGAACUAUUCUCAUUAACGUUUCCAAUUUAAUGAAAAGUGCAUGAUCUGCAUUCUCAUCUCAUAGGGGAGGUGUAAAGUUAGUGAAAACGACUGUUGGUUUGAUCAC